AUGGAUCUCCAAAACCAAUUGUCAAGCGAUUGGAGCCCGUAUUUUUCCAAUCUGCAACUAUUGAGGUUUAACACAAGUGCAAACCACCAUCUCGUCUGCAGCGGGUCGAGGGGCAGCCCCGUCAGGCUGGAGGGCCAUUCAGAUCCAUACUGCAGCAUAUGGAAGGACGCUGAGCAAGCCAAGGUCAAGAGUUGUAACAAUCGGUCCUUUGCCAUGGAGGCUAGAAUAAGACUCAAUAAUUUGAAGUCAGGGUGUAAUUCACCCGUGCCUUCCCGCGCCGCAGGAGGGGGGUUGUACAACUACAACUUUCUAGAAGACCUCUGGGAUCGGGAAGAGUUAGCAGAGGAAGAGUCGGCUUUGGACUCGGUGGAGCUCCUUGAUGUAGAGGACGAUGUGCGGGAUGAAGAGAGCUGUAUUCUUCACAGGUUAUAUGAGUCUCCAAAGAAGCAGGAGUCAGUGGAGAGAAGUGAGUCUGCCCUGGGAUGGUGUCGACGUGUCCUGGAUAACCCGAGUCCUGAGAUGGAGGCGGCCUGUCGCUCACUUAUAAAUAGGCUGGAUCAAAGAUCAAGCAGCCGUUUCGACAGAGGUGCUUCGGAUUUACAUCAUAAUGUGGGCUGCUUUACAGACAAAACAUCUGUCGGCUCAGCCCACAACAUCUGUGAGGGUUCAGAUAUGAACCUCUCCCGUGACUCUGUAACGGCAAGCUACAGACUGCAGGACAUCACAGACGUCCACAUUAUGGCUCGUCUACAGGAAGCCAGUUUAAGACAGGACUAUGUUUCAAUGCCAGCUUGGAGGAGCCCCGAAAAUAAAACCGAAGCUUCAUCUUCUUCUUGUCGGCUGCCUGGUCCUUCGCCACUCAGCUGUUCCCCUCGCCAGUCAACAUCUGGAGCUAAGCACGGGUGUGAAAGUCCAAAACUGGCCCGACUGCCCCAGCAAGUCACUCAAUUCAAGCUGCUGAAACUCGCUCAGAAUCAAGCGGCAUCACCGGGCAGGACCAGGUCGCCUCUGGGUACCAGCCUCCGGUCCCUGCAGGCCGUGAGGAACAGCCGAAGCCUGGACACUGACGACUGCCACCUCGCUGACCCACCAUCAGCGCCCAUGAAGCACAACAGGCGGUUGCAGUCAGUGAGAGAAUCCUCAGACAGGACGGGGGCGGUGCUGAGGUCUCAGUCUCUCAGCCCCUGCAGGAUUCCUACCCCCGCUAAGGGGCACCGGCCGGAUCACGGACGUGUUUUUGCCUCAACGAACCGGUCGACCAGCGUGGCCUGGGGCAGAAAUGUUCCAUUCACUCGGAGAUGA